AUGUCAUCUCACACCACUAUUUUGGAGCUCUGUGGAAGGGAGAUGCUGGGAUGAAGUGGUUUGGCAGUAUGUCCCUCAGCAGCAAAAGGAGUAAGAGGAGGAGUAGAAGGAGCGGCAGUAUUAGCAGUGGAGGUAAUAGUGUGCUGCUCUUUUUGACCCUCCUGGUGGCGGUGACCUUGAUGGCCGACCCUACAACGGCUCAAAAGCAGCGAACAGGUGGUGGUUCGGAAAAAGUGCCGGUCCUGAACAUUGCAGUGAUCCUGGGACGCACUCGGUACAUCUCAGACCGGGACAUCCGAGCUCUGUGGAGCAAAGACGAUCCGAUCGACGUCAACGUGGUCACACUGCUAGUCAACGAGACUGACCCAAAAAGCAUCAUCACCCACAUGUGCGACCUGAUGUCAGGGACCAAGAUCCAUGGCGUGGUGUUCGGGGAUGGCACUGACCAAGAGGCCAUCGCCCAGAUUUUGGAUUUUAUUUCCUCGCAGACACUCAUACCCAUCCUGGGCAUUCAUGGAGGGUCAUCAAUGAUCAUGGCUGACAAGGAUGUGAAGUCAACUUUUUUCCAGUUUGGUGCCUCCAUCCAACAGGAGGCUCUGCUCAUGUUGAACAUCAUGGAGGAGUAUGACUGGCACAUCUUCUCCAUUGUCACGUCAAAGUUCCCUGGUUACCAGGAAUUCAUCAACAUUUUAAAAACAACCGUGGACAACAGUUUUGUGGGCUGGGACCUGCAGAAUAUCAUCACCCUGGAUGCAGUGGAGGAAGACAGUCGCUCUCAAAUCAUGCUCAAGAAGGUUCAGUCUCCUGUGGUUCUGCUGUACUGCUCCAAAGAUGAAGCAGUCUACAUUCUGGAGGAGGCUCGAUCUCUGGGCCUGACUGGAUUUGGUUACAUCUGGAUUGUGCCGUCGCUCACCACUGGGAACCCGGAAAUAACUCCAGAAGCAUUUCCUUCGGGAAUGAUUUCAGUGUCGUAUGACGACUGGGACUAUCCAUUGGAGGCACGGGUCCGUGAUGGUCUGGGGAUCAUAACAUCAGCAGCAGCAGCCAUGUUGGUGGAAUAUGGGGACAUCCCUGAAGCCAAGACGUCCUGCUAUGGCCAGAUGGAGAAGACAUCCAAGCUGCCACCAAGUGCACUGCAUAAGUACAUGAUGAAUGUGACAUGGGAUGGCAGAGACUUGUCGUUCACGGAGGAUGGCUACCAGGAAAACCCAAAGCUGGUGGUCAUUGUUCUCAACAAGGAGAGGGAGUGGGAGAAGAUGGGGAAACUGGACAAUGGCAGCCUGACGAUUAAGUACCCAGUGUGGCCCCGUUUCAACUCCUUUGGUGAUGCUGAGCUUGACGACAACCACCUGUCCAUCGUCACCUUGGAGGAGAAACCUUUUGUCAUUGUGGAGGAUGUAGAAAGACUCACUGGUACCUGCAUGAGGAACUCUGUGCCCUGCAGAAAGCAUAUCAAAGACAACACAACAGAAGCUGGUGGGACUUAUAUCAAAAAGUGCUGCAAAGGGUUCUGCAUUGAUAUCCUGAAGAAGAUUGCCAAGUAUGUUAAGUUCACCUAUGACUUGUACCUGGUUACCAAUGGGAAGCAUGGCAAGAAGAUCAACAAUGUCUGGAAUGGGAUGGUGGGAGAGGUGGUCUAUAAGAAAGCCGUCAUGGCCGUCGGAUCUCUGACGAUCAAUGAGGAGCGUUCUGAGGUCAUCGAUUUCUCCGUCCCGUUCGUAGAAACUGGGAUCAGCGUCAUGGUCUCACGUAGUAAUGGAACGGUCUCACCUUCAGCUUUCCUUGAGCCAUUCAGUGCAUCAGUGUGGGUGAUGAUGUUUGUGAUGCUCCUACUGGUGACUGCAAUGGCUGUCUUUAUGUUUGAGUACAUCAGUCCUCUUGGCUUUAACAGAAACCUGGCACAGGGAAAAGAUCCACAUGGUCCUUCUUUCACCAUGGGAAAGGCAGUGUGGCUGCUGUGGGGUCUGGUCUUUAACAACUCUGUCCCAGUGCAAAACCCCAAAGGAACCACCAGCAAGUUCAUAGUGUCUGUGUGGGCCUUCUUCGCUGUCAUCUUCCUGGCCUCCUACACUGCCAACUUGGCUGCUUUCAUGAUUCAGGAGGAGUUUGUUGACCAAGUCACUGGGCUCUCAGAUAACAAGUUUCAGAACCCAUAUGCAUACUCGCCUCCAUUCCGCUUUGGGACGGUCCCGAAUGGAUCCACUGAAAGGAACAUCAGGAAGAACUACCCUGCCAUGCACCAGUACAUGGUGAAGUAUCAUCAGACUGGGGUCCAGGAUGCACUUGUCAGCCUUAAAACAGGCAAACUGGAUGCCUUCAUCUAUGAUGCUGCAGUGCUAAACUACAUGGCUGGCAGGGAUGAGGGAUGUAAGCUGGUGACCAUAGGAAGCGGGUACAUCUUUGCUACCACCGGUUAUGGCAUUGCUCUGCAAAAAGGUUCCUACUGGAAGCGACAGGUGGAUCUGGCUAUCCUGGCAAUCAUUGGAGAUGGUGAAAUGGAAGAACUAGAAGCCCAGUGGCUGACGGGAAUCUGUCACAAUGAAAAGAAUGAGGUGAUGUCCAGUCAGCUGGAUGUGGACAACAUGGCUGGGGUCUUCUACAUGCUGGCCACAGCCAUGGGACUCUCCCUCAUUACCUUUGUCUCUGAGCAUCUCUUCUACUGGAGGCUUAGAUACUGCUUCACCGGCGUCUGCUCCGGCAGGCCAGGGCUUCUUUUCUCCAUCAGCAGGGGAAUCUGGAGCUGCAUCCAUGGUGUCCAUAUUGACAUGAAGAAGAAGACAGAUCUUGACUUCAGCCCUCAGGACAAAAUGCUCAAGCUCAUUAAAUCUGCCAAACAGAUGACCAACAUGUCUAAUCUGGGUGGCUCCCACAUGAACUCACCCAAACGAGAAUUCAUGCACUCAGCUGGCCCCAUGAUCAUGGACAUGAUGGCAGAGAAGGGCAACUUCAUCUAUGCUGACAACCGCAGCUACGCUCCUAAAGAUAUGAUCUAUGGGGACACCGGUGACCUGCAGUCCUAUCUUGCUAACCGCCAUAAAGACCACCUUAACAAUUAUAUCUUUCAGGGCGGCCAGCAUCCUCUGACCCUGAAUGACGCCAAUCCAAACACAGUGGAGGUAGCAGUGAGUGCUGACGCAGUCCAGACCAAUGCCAAGCCACCGCGGACGCUGUGGAAGAAGUCAGUGGACACACUCCGUUCUGCGCCACCAGGGCCGAUGCCUGACAUGCUAAUGCCAGACCCACGAAUGUCGAUGAAGACGCAACGCUACCUCCCUGAAGACACAGCCCACUCCGACAUCUCUGACUGCUCAAGCAGGGCAGCCUCCUACAAGGACCCAGAAAACAACAAGCACCUGAAAGCCAAGGACAACUUAAAAAAAAGAUCGGUGACGUCAAAAUACCCAAGGGAUUGCAGUGAGGUGGAGUUGUCCUACUUAAAAACUAAGCAGGUCAGUGGUGGAACCAACCAAACUGGAAGAGGAGGGGGAGGAGAGAAAAUCUACACAAUUGACUCAGACCGAGAGCUGAGCCUCCAUUCAGACCCUAUUCACUACCGCGAGAGUCACGGUCUUGCUGCAGAGGAUUUGGAUUACCCUGAAAUUUACUCCGACCACAGUGACAACUACAGGAAGUGUGAGCAGCCCAUCAUUCAUCUGAACUCCUCACCUUUGCAUCACACAGACUCAGAUCUCUUGCCAGACUCAGCUUACUCUAAACACUACAGCCUGAAAGAGAAAAACCUUUCCCUAUCCCCUCAUGAAUCCAUUGAUCGCUACAAACAGACACACUGCCGUUCCUGCUUGUCCAAAGUGACUGCUAGCUACCCACCAGGAGGGCCAUACACCCCAGCUGCAACUUCCUCAGCCUCUGGCACACGCUCACCUUAUAAUCGCUGUGAGGCAUGCCUCCACACAGCCAACUUGUAUGAUAUUAGUGAAGACCAGCUCCUUGCAGACCCCUUGGUCAGCCCCACCUUGCACCACCAAGAGCAGCAGCAGCCAGAUGAAAUGUUUGGUCUGUACUGGCCACAAACAGAUGGGCCCCAUGUCCAAAAGAGAAACCGCUUGAGGUUGAGUCGUCAGCACUCCUUUGACAACAUCAUGCUUGAAAAGCCCAAGGAUGUAGAUCUAGGUCGACCAGCACGCAGUGUCAGCCUCAAGGAGAAAGACCGCUUCUUGGACUCUGCAUCUGACUCGCACUAUGCCAACCUCUUCGGCAUGCGUCCCUACUCUGGCAGACUGUUUGGCACUGGAUCCAAAUCAAUGCUAUUUAACCACAAUCUUGAGGAAAGCAAGAGGAGCAAGUCCCUGUACCCGGCCCAUGGCUCGGAAAACCCUUUCCUCAGCCACUCGCUGAGGGAUGAUACCAGCAGCAGACUGGUUCAUGGGCGUAGCUCCUCUGAUAUUUACAAACAGCUGGCAGUAGGUUCUCCUGCGGCAGCCCUAGGAGCAGCCCCCAUCAAAACACGCAAUGAUGCGAACAAUCUCCGCUCUUCUGUUAAAUCCACCUCUUCAUACUGCUCAAGGGACGGGCGGAUAGCUAAUGACAUGUACAAUAAAGAGCAUGUGAUGCCUUACUCAGCCAAUAAGACUAGUGCAUACCCAGGCCCACGGGGUGUCCUAAACUCAGCCCAGUUCAGCAAUAGACGGGUGUAUAAGAAAAUUCCCAGUCUGGAGUCAGAUGUUUAGUUGAUAUAAGAAAUAUUGUGUUCUCUCCUUCUUACUCCUCUCUGGGUUUGUAUUAUAAUUUAUCAACUAUGUUAUCCACUAAGGGAUGCCAUAGCCACACUACGUUUUUCUUCUUCUCUUUGACAUUGUAAUUGAAAAGAACUGCCCAUUUGGGUGCAAAGGUAUUAUUGCUUCUCUCUUUACAGACGAUAUCACCAUCUCUGUCCAUUCUUUCCCAUUUACCAACGAGUUGGCUGCAUUGCCAGCACUCUGCCACAAGGUUUACAUGGUUAGGAAGAUGCUAGGAGACAUGUAUCCCCAGGUUUUAAAAAAGGGGAGGAAAUGGAGCAGUUCCAUUACUUGGACUGGAAAGCUUAAAGUAUUGUGGAACACCUGCAAAAGGUGUUAGGGAACGACCAUUUGAUAGGGGCUUAAAAUGUUUGAGGAGCCAGUUAAGGAGGGAUGAGUAGCAGAGUGGGACUCAAAGACAGACAAAACAGCCACUGUUCUCGUUCCUCUUUUUCUUUUCCACCUCCUCUGUCAGGUGUCGAGCUUACUAGUUGAGGCAAAGAGGCCUGACAGGGAGACCAGAUGGGUGGGCCAGACAUGGAGGCAUCCCAGGAGGGCAGAGGUGUCACAGUGAGCUAGUCCAACGGUCUGCUGCUUGUUACUCUGACAAAUAUGGCUACUCAGACACCUGCCAGUGGAGGAGGAGAGACAAGGAGGAAUGAAGUGAGUGGCUGUAUGACAAAAUGGAUCAACUAGUCAUUUGUGGCAGAUGGGGGCUACAAGUUUAGUCAGAAUGUGGUUUGAUGUGUUAAGCCCAUACUAAGAGACAAGCACAGAGAAGAAAAGAAGGGAGUAAUGUAGAUGUUAUUAAAGAAUAAUGCUUACAGAUUGAUGGAAAUGACUAAUAAAAAGGGAAAGAAAAGUAAGAAAACCUGAGGCAAAUGAUGGCCAUUUCAUUUGUGGCUCUGCACAUAGAAAAAUAAUUGCAAAGUAUUGCUUUUUUAUUCUACUGAGCUAUAAGAUUUAAAAGGGAUUCUGGCAUCUGGAUCCCCCUAUGUAGGAUUUUAGUGUUUGCUUAUUUGGUAGCACAAUAGCCAUUAGUUUUAAAACUUCUAUCCCACAUUUGCUUUCUUUUCUUUCUUUUUUUUUUUUUUUUUUUUUAAAAAAAAAGCAUAAAUUACUGAAAAAUAUCAUCAGGAGUAAUAGAUUUUUUUGCAUGUGUUGAUUUCUUUCUGUGUCAGAGAAGAGAAAAUACAAAGUACACUGUCAGACACAUAUUUUACAUUUUUUCGAAAGGGGCUAAGUCUUGCAAGAUGUGGUGGAUGGGUAUUUGUACAAUCGAAACUUUGAUCCUUGACCUUUGUGCUUAGUAAACCUGUGACGUGCUAUGGCUGCAAAAGAGCAUGAUGGCGAUGGAAGGGAAGAGAGCAAAGCUUAUAUUAACAAGGGAGAAAAGGAUGACAACUGUGUCCAUCAUCAAAUUGUUGGAAGUGGACAUUGAAGUGUUGUUUUGUUUUUACAUUUCUUUUUGGUCUUAUGACCUCCCUGCCAAUGAGAAACAGGGUACUUAGCCAUGAAAAACACUGACGAUUCCUACCUUCUUUCCUCCUUUCCUUCCUUUAUCAACAUAACACAUAACCAGUGUGUUCAAUAAUGAAAGAAAACAUGACUUGUUUUUAUUGUUUUCUUUUAGAUUUUAUUUGGUUUUGUGUAAAGUUUACUUUUGACGGGUUGGUGCAGCAGUAUCAGUGAUAUGUAGUAUUUAACCACUACUUUCUAAAUGGGGAUCAUGUUUAAGAGUUUUUAAUAAUCCAUUUGCAUGUUGAUUUCCAAUCAACCAGGGUUUUAUGAGGAUAUGAAGACUCCUUGAGAUGGAUCCCUUGUUUACCUUUGUA